AUGGCCGUCCUUGGUGUAUGGGUAUCCAAUGUUACAAAGGAGGAUGCCGCUUCGCUAGACAAGUGGAUAGCCAACCUGAGCGCCGGUGCAGCAAAGGCAUACGAGCAUGCGAACUCACCAGCUAAUGUGGUAGCGCUUGGGAUUCAUUCUUUCUGGAUCCCAGUGCGAUAUGCUCGUGUCGACAUUCUCAAGAAGCCGAACUUGCUCACGAACACUAUCACGCUACCUGCGCGUCCCUCCGCUAAGUUAUCCACACCAGACGAAAUCCUACAGACUCCCUACCCCACCGCAUACCGGCGUGUCAAGGCAUUCUUAAAGGUGCUCCUGAAGGCCGAAGUUGAGCUCGAGCCGAAGGAGUCCCGCAAGUCGCUCAUCAUUGAGCUGGGAGCCCAGCGUCCUUUCAAUAAGCCGCAGGAUGAGAAUAAGAGCACGGCCGACUGGUGGAAGGAGCUCGAACACCAUCCUGAUGCUUGUGUCCUUGCGAUGCUUUCAAUCAAGAUCUUCUCGAUUGCUGUAAAUUCAAUGGCUGACGAGCGUGCCAUGUCACCCUUCACUUGGGUGGACUCGGCGCUUCGAAACAGGCAGCAAGUCGGAACGUUGGUCGAUAUGGUCCAACUUGAAGAAAAGCCCCGCACGCAUCCGACUGUCCGCUGGGUUGAUAAACAAGAGGUCAUCCGCGGUCGACAGAAGACAGUGAGGGAGAGUAUAGUCAACAAGGACGACUCAGGCGAUGAGUUAGACAUUGAUGACGAGGACGGUACCAAGGAGGUCGAUCUCAUUGCUGCGCAGAUGGAAGAUCUCACGCUUGACGAAGAUAUCGAUCCAAAUUCCCCAUUCCUUACUGACUUGCUGUCUGACCGCCCUCAGACAGACUUACCAGCUCGGCAGACUGCCUCUAUAGUGUUCUCAACCGAGCGGACAGCUUCGGAUGCUUCUGUAGUGGUCAAUUGGAACUGGUAG